UCUUACAGACAUUUAAUUUCACGGUGGUCAAGCUGAAGCACACGUUGAAUACCAUUGGAUUUGAGGGAAGUGACGUCAUUUUUGCGCGACGGGCUGGGAACCCGUGCUUGAAUAUUAAACUUAUUUUCAUUCUACAAAAAGGGCUUGAAAUAAGCAUUCAUGGCAACAGAGGUUGUGGAAAAGACAAGUGAAGAUGCUCCAGCAACUGGAAAGGUCAGCACCAGGUUCGACCUGGAAAAGGAGACUGAGCUUCGGUUUGAGGUGGAGGCAGGGGAGGCAGCAGAGCAGGUUGAGUUGGAGCUUCUCACGGGAAUGGCAGAGGUGUUUGGAUCGGAGCUGAACCGCAACAAGAAGUACACAUUUGGACCGGGCUCCAAGAUUGCAGUCUUCACCUGGCAGGGUUGCAGUGUGAAUCUUUACGGGAAGCCAGAGGUGGCUUACGUGUCAAAGGAUACUCCCAUGCUGCUCUACCUGAACACACACGCUGCCCUGGAACAGAUGAGAAAACAGGCAGAACGGGACAACGAGAGGGGGCCGAGGGUGAUGGUAGUAGGACCGACAGAUGUGGGAAAGUCAACAGUGUGCCGGCUGCUCCUUAGCUAUGCUGUGAGGGUUGGCAGGAGGCCCACACUGGUGGAACUGGAUGUCGGACAGAGUGGGGUGUCUGUACCCGGGACAGUGUCAGCACUGUGCAUUGAGCGUCCAGCAGAUGUGGAGGAGGGUUUCUCAGUCCAGGCUCCUUUGGUCUACCACUUUGGCUCCACAACUCCAGGGACCAACAUCAAACUUUACAACAAGCUGACGUCAUGCCUGGCCGAAGUGUUUUCCCAGCGUUGUGAAGUCAACAGGAAGGCCAGUGUGGGAGGCUGUAUCAUCAACACUUGUGGCUGGGUGAAGGGCUCUGGAUACCAGGCUCUGGUCCACUGUGCCUCUACCUUUCAGGUGGAUGUCGUGCUAGUGUUGGACCAUGAAAGGCUAUACAAUGAACUCAAACGAGACCUCCCUCACUUUGUGCGGGUUGUGCUCCUACCCAAGUCCGGGGGAGUGGUGGAGCGUUCCAAGGAGUGUCGGCGGGACACACGGGAUGAGAAGAUCCGCGAGUAUUUCUAUGGUUUCCGCGGAGUCUCCUACUACCCUUUUUCUUUUGAAGUCCGCUUCUCAGACGUCCGCAUCUACAAGAUCGGGGCUCCAUCUAUCCCGGACUCGUGCUUGCCACUGGGAAUGUCUCAGGACGACACACAGCUAAAACUGGUGCCCGUGACACCUGGGAGGGACCUCACGUAUCAUGUACUGAGCGUGAGCAGUGUCGAAGAUGGCGACGAGGGAGCUAGAAAAGGCAUAGUGGAGAGCCCCGUGUGUGGCUUUAUCGUGGUAACGUACGUGGACACUCAGACACAGGUUAUGAAAGUGCUGUCGCCAGCACCCAGACCAUUGCCCAGACAUACUCUGCUUAUCAUGGACAUUCGCUUCAUGGAUAUGAAAUGAAUCAACACCUCGGGGAAGAGGACUCAGAAGUGGAGGUCAUGUUCAGGACAUGUCCUUUUGCAGACUGUCUCUGAGCUCUCCUAUUUGAUAUUAGCAAGGUCUACAGAUAAAUGAUUCAAGUUCUGGUGGCAGUUGUAACUAUUUUCCAUUUUAUAGACCACUGUGUACAGUCAUUUGUAGUAAGGGAUGUUUUAUCAGUACUGGAAGGAUUUUCAUGCUAUUUUGUUUUUAUAAUUAAUGUUUUUCUUUUCUUGGGCAAUAAAUGUUUAAAUGGAAAA